AUGAGAAAAAAUAUACUUGUCUUACUUUAACUUAUUGCACCGGUGCAACAGUGCAACUAGAAAGAACAGACCAUAUGUCAAAAAGGAUGGCGCAUGCAUUUCACGUUGAACUCCGUUAAGGUUAAAUCUGACGUAAGGUCAUCAGUUGUUUCGAGGCAUCCCGAAACAUCCAUUGCUCAAGGCAAGGAGGCUGCAUCGUCAUCUGAAGCGGCGCGAAAAGAGGUUAGAUCUAUCCGCGGUACGCACAGUGUAAACAUGUCGGACAAAGAAACGAACGACGAUAUCCAGAUAAUCUCCGAGAGACUUCAGAGUGUCGCGUCCAUCGAGCCGACGUAUAACAAUGCGCAACUGCAGCAGCAGCAGCAGCAGCAGCAGCAGCAGCAGCAGCAACAACCACAGCAACAGGGAAAGAGUCCGCGGAAGAACGGUACCGUGCGUCAACCUGCAGACAGUAAAAAGGCAGGUGCCACCUCCACCACAAGCAGCAGUAGCAGCAUCACCACGACUGCCGCGGAUGAUUACGUCUUCGUGAGGAACGUGCCGGAAUUGAAUCUACCCGAGAAGAUUCUACUCGUUAUCGACACAGUGAGAGAGCAGCAAUGCACGCCGUUCAAACUAGGUACGGGCGCGACAUACUUGCCACUGUUCAUGAUAAAACGCGUGGUGGAGAACUUUGUCGGCGCCAAGUCCAGCAUACAGCCCGGGGUGCACGAGUACGCGCUGAUGACCCUGGACUCGCGCGGUGCCUCCUGGCUCUGCGACUACACCAGCAACACAAAGACCAUUCUCAAUCAUCUGGAGGGUAUCACGGAAGACGUAUCGGACGAGGAGCAAAGGACCUACGACUUAGGGUCGCUGUUCGAAACGAUACACGCGCGGAUAGCGACGCCGGCGAGGACCCAACCGACGUUCACUUCGCGCGUAAUUCUGAUAUAUGGACGGUCCAACUCCAUUCCGAAGUUUCACACCGGGAAGAAAUACCUAACGAAUCUGACAGAGAAUCCGUACUUCUUCCUGGACGUGUUGUUCGCCCACGAGCCGCCCAGCGACGAUAACAUGUGCGAGGCGGUGUACGCCGAAAUCGCGGCUCUGGACACCACAAGUUUCUCUUAUAUCUUCGAGGUAGGCAGGAACGCCGCUAAGAUACAUGACAAUAUGGCGAAACUCCUGGCGCAUCCGCUACAGCGCCCGCCACAGAAGGACACUUCAUACACUCUUUACUCGAUGACAGCCAAUCAGGAAGUACAUACCAAUGUAUAGUACCGUGUAAAUUUACUAGUAGGUAACUUAUUUUCAUGGAAAAGUUCACGCAUUUUCCGUCGAAUUAGAUCUACUUUAUCAAUGCGAUACAAUUCGAAGGCAGUGUCGUAUUUACUCGAACCAGUAACAUCUUUGAAACGAUUUUAUUUGUGUUUAUUAGAGAAAAUAUAACAAGAAAGACAGUUGUAUAUUAUACAUUAUCGUUGUCUGUCAUCAAAUAAAACAUUUCUAUAUAGA